AUGACCUGCGCCACCUUCGCCUCAGUCGGCCUCGUCCAAGUCUCCGGCCUGGGAGCGCUCCUCGGCGACUUUAUCCCGGAAUACGCAGCUGAGGGACGAGGAUAUGAAGAUAUCUCAAACUUAAUGACGUAUCCAUCACUUUUUAUGGGCCUUGGCAACCUUAUUGGAAUGCCUUUGGCCCUUGCCAUCGGACGUCGCCCAGUUUUCCUCGGUUCUUGCGCACUUGCAGUUUUGGCGUCAAUCCUCUGCGGCUUCCAGAAAGGCUAUACGUCCCAUCUUGUUGCACGAAUGAUCCUUGGUCUUGCGGCCGGCCAAAGUGAGGCCCUUUGCCCCUUGAUGGUACAGGAAACUCAUUUUCUCCAUGAGCGCGCACGCUGUUUGAUGUGGUUUACCCUCUGGCAGUCGACUCUCAGUGCUGUCUAUUCACUGUUGACUUCCUACAUUGCCGCCGGCAUUGGUCCAUCUGGAUGGUACUUUCUCGGGGCAGGUCUUUCCGCCGUUACUUUUGUCUUUGCUGUUUUCAUGGUACCAGAGACCAAAUACGCCAGACCUCUAGCCGCCUACCAGGGAUACACUGCCGAAGUAUCCCACUUCGUCAGCAGUGGCGGUACCGGAAGUGACGACAUCGCUGGUGUUUACACCGAAAUGCUUACACGCAAGACUACCACGGAGCCCCGUCAGCUGGACUUUGUCAAUUUCAAACCCAGGACUCUCGCCUCAGACCUACGCCUUCUUACUCAGAAGCCCGACUGGAAGGAGGGGUGGCAAUGUUGCACAGGCAUGGCUAUUGUAACGUUCUUCCCCGACAUGAUGUGGGCCCUUCUCCUAAAUGGGUUGACAAUUGGCGUGAACAUUGCCCUUGGUACUACUUACGGUCAAGUCUUACAAAGUCCCCCUUACAACUGGAGUUCGUCCGUUGUCAGCUUUGCAUUGACAGGUCAAAUUGUAGUAGCAUUUGUGGCUCUUCCGCUACUUGGCCGAGGAUCAGACUGGGUAAUCAAGUUCUUCGCGCGCCGCAACGGUGGCUUCCAUAAGCCUGAGUAUCGUCUCAUCCUUCUGAUCAUCCCCGUCAUCGUCGGCACGCUGGCUUCAGUUAUUUAUGGACAGGCAGCCGAGCAUCCGGACAGAUACCACUGGUUCUCUAUUGUGUUCGCUCUCAAUGCCUACUACUUUGGCUUUGUCGGUGCAAACCAAGUCGGUAUUACAUACGCACUCGAUGCAUACCCAACACGCUCUGGCCCGGUGCUGGUCAUCAUCUGUGCCAUGCGUGGUGUCAUAUCGUUCGGAACAAGCUACGGCGUGACACCUUUCAUCAAUUCAGUUGGGUACGACGGCGCUUUCGGAAUUUAUGGUGCUCUUACCGCUGGCAUUGGUGCCAUUGGAAUCCUUGUCUUUAUUUGGGGAACCCAGAUUAGAGCGUUGGUUGCGAAGUGGGCUGUUGCGAACACGACCACCACGCCUUCUUACAACCACUAA